GUGCGUUCAAGAGCUCUACGUACACUCUGCUGGCAAAUUGCUAAUGAAGUUGAACAAGCCCCCAUUUUUUAGACCAAACUUCAUUCUGUCUGUCAGAUAGAUAAAUAGAUAGAUUUAUUGAUAGAUACUUUAUUAACCUAGAGGGAAAUUCACGUUGUGCCACGAAAGGGAAGUUGAGUUGAGUUGGUCUUUUUUGAAUUACUUGCUUUUUCUGAGUCAACAUAUCUCACUUUUGCCUGUUGAUAGUUCUUAUAAUGAUAUCAGAGUCACAUUAUAAGUGGAUAAGCUCAAUACGAACACAACUAGUGACGACUAAAAUGCUUUACACGUGCUAAAAUUUAAUGUAUUUAUUUUGAGUAACGUAAAAGGUCUAGUAAUUGGACUGAGUCUCUGAUUUUCUGCAGAACGAUUUUUCUAACUGUCCGUGAAAUGAACAGGGAAAGACGCUGGGAAAAUGAAGUUGGGCUGUACCAUUCCACAAAACAACAAAACAGGGGGGUGUAGUUACAAUCAUAGAGUCAGUGCAUUUUGUUUGACCUAUUUAUCCCACGGUCGCGAUGUAACUAACCCGUAGAGGUGUAAGAUUUUGGAUUAUCAAAGAAUUUUCUCCUAAAAUAUUAAAUUUGAUGACUAAAGUAAAAGUACAAAACAUAGAUUGAACCCCAUUCCGAUGCUGUUUUCGAUGGUAUAGUCUGUCCAGUUGUCAUCGGUAGAGGUGCUAAGGCGGUCUCGAUAAGUGUGCUGAAAGUGCUUUUGGUAUUUGUUUAGCUUUGUUAUAUUUUAUUUGUAAAAUACUUAACUAUUGGGAAAAACAUGGCUUCUACGGAUGUUGCUCGACAGCCGGUUAGUAUCUUGAUUCUUUGAUCGAUAAAUUUCAUUGUUAGUGACAGCUGAGCAGGGAGUGUUCGAAGCUACUGUAGAGUUAGCUACCAUUAGCACUGAAACUAUGUUGCUGCUAUGGUUGCUUGUUUUAGGUUGAUAAAAUCAUCGGAGCUACCGUGUGGAUUAUACAUGACAAGAGCGCAAACCAAUCUGCUUCUUAGGUUUAUACAUGAACAUUAUCAUAGGGGGUAAUCUAAAAUCUUAACUGCUGUAAAGGGAUGUCGUGAAACUGCGAUCACCGUAAUCCACAGAGGAGGGCGUUAGCUGAUACUGAACUACUGUUCAAGAGUGAGAUCACACAUGAGGAUGAACUGUUGUUUGACCAAAAUUCAUUUCAUUUCAUUUCAUUUAGAUAUAUUUGAGUAAUCUAAAGUCGCACAGCUGUUUGAUAAACGCUACUUGAUUGCAGUUUCUUUGUAUUAGGCUCAGGUAGGUGAACUCUUAACAGGGUUUAAAAACAAAACAAACACAACGUAAACAAUGGCUUGCUGAUAUAACAUUUUCUCGCAACUUUAUACAACCUAGAUAUAAAAUAAUACGUUUUUACCCACUAUAACUAGAUCAAUGUUAAUCCUAAUCUGAGAUUCUGGUGAAGGGGAGAGUGGAGUAAAUUGUAAAUUGAGCCACCCCCUGUUGCUUGGAAAUGGUCAAAGAAAUUGAUCAUGUUACCAAAUAUUUAGGAGAUGGGCAUCAAUUCAUGGAGUCUGUGAAGGUUAGAAGCACAUGGGUGAAGGGCUUAGACAUUUAUUUCCAAAAAUAACAUUUUUCACUCUUGGCAGUGAAUUUAGUCUGUCAUAAGUUUUAUUAGAAUUGCGUUCAGAAAAAAAAAAUAAAAAUUUGUUUUAUCCAUCAACUGUGGUAUCUUUGAGAGAUAACAUGACAUAAAAGUCCACCAUUUUAGCUUAGAGGACUAAUAAAGUCAUAAUAGUUGUUCUGGGGUAAGUUGAGCCAGUGGCUGAACUGAGAAAGUAAAGAAGUCUGAUGAGAGGAUCAGAGUUUCAGUUCAGAUUGUUGAAAUGUGAUACUUUUUCUUUUCAAAAAUACAGCUGUGAAUGUUCUGAAUCACUUGAAAGACAUUCUCGUGUUAAAAUGGCUUUUUACAAAACAGCUUUUUAGCAGUUAUAUGCAAUAAUGAAAAGAAUUAUUGUACCAGUUGAAUAUGUUAUAAUAGAUAAAAAUACACAUGAAUGUGAAGAAGUGACUGUUAUUUAGGGAGAGAGAAGGUGAGGGAGGGCUGGGGUGGAGAGUCAGGGGGUAGUAGAGAUACGGCUCAAUUUACCCCGCUUCUAUGUUCAACUUACCCCAUACACGGGGUAAAUUGAACAUAGGAGACUAAUUUUUCUGGCGUGCUAUAUUAUCGAAACAGUUAUGUUUACACUCAUUCUGUUGGUUUUCAGGGAUGAACGACGUCUUGAAAUAUAUGCAGAUACACUAGUUAGAGACAAAACUAUGAUUGCCUUGAUGUGGUGAUCCGAAAUAUGAAAAAUGGCUCAUCUUACCCCACUCUCCCCUAUGUCUCGGGGUAAGGAGGUCAAUGGAAAUGUUGUACACUGCUGUGUGAUACAAAGACUCAUGAGAAGAGAGAUUGAACUUUCCAGGUGUUUGUAGAUUAAAAAGAAUUUUUUUUAGCUCAUGCUUUUGAAUUGUAAAUGUUGUACUCAAUAACCUCUUUUUAGUUUCCGACAAAAAAAAGGUGAGUACAUUUAACAUUAACUGCCUGGAAGUCGUGUAGUUACCUGGACAUUUUUACAGCAGCAAUGUGAUCUGUCUGUGUAUGUGAUUCUCUUCCAGGAUAAAGGAGCUCGGCCUUUGUCCCUUGCAGGACAUGUGGGCUUUGACAGUCUUCCAGAUCAGCUGGUCAACAAGUCCAUCUACCAAGGCUUCUGUUUUAAUAUUCUUUGCAUAGGUAAAAAGUCAUCCUAAACACAUAUGACACCACCUCAAAAAUAAAGCUCAGUCAGGGACGCACCACACAUGCUAAUUUUUCACACAAACUUCUCUUAACAAUAUGAAAUGAUACAUCUUGACUGUGAGGUUCAACAACUUCUAAUUGUGGAUUCUCUGUAUUCUGGUUGUAGGUGAAACUGGCAUCGGCAAGUCCACCCUGAUGGACACACUGUUUAAUACAAACUUUGAGAACUUUGAGUCAUCUCACUUUGAACCUCAGGUGAAGCUGCGAGCUCAAACCUACGACCUCCAGGAGAGUAACGUCAGACUUCGGCUCACUGUGGUCAACACGGUGGGCUUUGGGGAUCAAAUGAACAAGCAGGAGAGGUAAGAGAAGACAAGUUCACCCCAGUGUGGUAAUGACACCACAUCAGUGUAGGAAAAUGUUUAAAAGAUAAGAAAUAAAACUAGUUCUGAGUCAAAUAUCAUAUGUGUAAUUGUACUUUCAUUAUGGGUCUAGAUUUCUGAUCAGCUUUCAUAUGUCUGUUCCACAGCUAUCAGCCGGUAGUGGACUACAUAGACAGGCAGUUUGAGAGUUAUCUCCAAGAGGAGCUCAAAAUUAAACGUUCUCUCCACAACUACCAUGACUCGCGAGUCCACGCAUGCCUUUACUUCAUCUCCCCCUCAGGCCACUCGCUGAAAUCUUUGGACCUGGUAACAAUGAAAAAGCUUGAUAGCAAGGUAAGGAGAAGAAUGACUGUAUUUGAGAGUUAAAAGGUUGAACACACUUACUUAUCAGUUGGUUAUUAUGGUUGCUUUUAAACCCUAGACAGCAUUAUACUGUAUUUAGGGCUGGGCUGUACAGAUGUUUGUAUGGCUGUACGGUGAGUCCAAUUACGCAGCCUUUUAUCACAGCUAAAAUUUAGCCAUGUGUGUUUGCUGUGACUUAUAACCUUGAGAGAAAAUGUGUAACCUGGAGGGCAUGAGUAAACAAUAUCUCAUAUAUAAAUGCAUCUAAAAAAUGGUUGUCUUUGAUGCAGUUAUGAUCAUGUGACACUUUUUAGAGUCAGUUUAAAAACAGGAAAACCUCCAGACACAAGAAGUCAAACCAGAAUGAACUGAACACGCUAUAGAAUAAAAGACAUCUUAUUCAGUAUGUCCAAUCGAAAGACCAAACGUGUUUGGCUUUGAGGACCUGUUGGUGAACUGACCUCAAGCAAGUCUCAUGUUUUGCUGGGACCUCUGCUGACAUGGAUUCUGUUAAACAAACUGGCUUAUUCUUGAGGCCUUUGUUGUAUUGUGAUGUUAUGGUGACCCGUCCAUGUUUUAUGUCAGUGGGAAAAUCAUGAAACAUCACAGGCGUUCACAAACUUCUUUAUUCAGUCAAAAUGGGGAGAUCUGUCACAGUUGAGUUGUGAAUGUUUUGUUCGGGGUUCUGCUCUGGGACUGUUGGGAGAGGCUCCCUUCCCCGACUGGCUGAACUCCUCCCUUCACUCUUGAGGUGGCCACAAACUUUCCCAUGCUCCCUGUGUGUAGUGACUUUGUGUUGUUUGUGUGUCAGUGUGAUUUCAGUGCUCUGGGGUGUGUGUAACCCUGGAUUUGCGUGUGAAUGGACCAGAAAACGUGGUGGAAUGCUGUAAUCACCUCACACACACACACACACACACACACACACACUCGAGUUGUCCUUUUGUGUCACUGUACAGACACAUGCAGAAGAGACAGUUUGUUGAAUCUGAAGCUCUGUGGCAGCAGACAGACAGACAGACACUCAGUCACUCAGUCAGUCAGACAGCUGCUGGAACGGCUGGCUGUCUUUGUUAUUCUUUUCUCUGCUGGGGUCACUGUAUGUUCUACAUGCAUGUAUGUGUGUGUGGUCUGGCCCAGUGGGUUGUCUCGAGACCGCAAAUCAUUCCAGGCCUGUCUUUGGUGGGACCAGAGGACAGACGGACAGACAGACAGACAAAAAAGGAAUGUGGACAGAUUUGGACAGCAGAGUGGGCUACUGCUCCAGAAAUAACAUCAGUCAAGCUGUUUUUUACAACACUUCCUACAAAGAAGUUUAGAUAGACUAUUUAAAAUAAAUACUGCUGGAAUGGUUUACACUUAGCUGAAGGGUUUUUAUAUCCCCAGAAUGUCUUUAAUAGUUGUUUUUUUAAUGUGUCAGAGCAGUGAGAUGAUAUUAUUUUUAGCUCAGUUUCUAGAUGUCCUUUGGCAUUUCUACUGUCCCUUCACAGCUCUGCUCAAAGUCCAGAGAAGUUAUAAAUCCUGUUGUACAAGCUUUUACCUUUAUAUAAAACGGGGGUCUGGGGUUUGGAGACAAAACAGGUAAAUGUGUGUGAAUUUAAUCAGGACUUCUUGCUCCAUGAAAAUUAUCCCCUUAUUCUUUACUACUGAAAGUUAAAGAUCUGAGUUGUCUGCAAAGUCAUCACUGCAUUCAGAUGUACAAGUUUUUUUAGUUUUUUUUUUUAAAGAGGAUUUGAACUUUUCCUCUUACCGUAGGUGAAUAUCAUACCAGUGAUCGCCAAAGCAGACACCAUCAGCAAGUCGGAGCUGCACAAGUUCAAGAUCAAAAUCAUGAGUGAGCUGGUCAGCAAUGGUGUCCAGAUCUACCAGUUCCCCCUAGAUGAUGAGACUGUGGCUAAAGUCAACACUACAAUGAAUGUAAGAGACUGUGCGCACACACACACACACACACACACACACACACACACACACACACACACACACACACACACACACACACACACACACACACACACACAUUUCAAAAAAACAGUGACGUAGGAUCCUCUUUUAGAAGCAGGUUAUGUUACAGUAGAGCUCAUAUAUUCUGUUUUUUGUUUAGUGAGUUCAAUCCUUUUGACUACACUUUGUUAAUAGUCACCAUAGAAGGAUUGUAAGUGUGUAAAUGAACUUGUAGUAGGACUGGGUGAUUUGUCAAAAAAUAUAUAUAUAUCACGAUAUAUUUUGUCAUAUCGCCGGAUCUCGAUUAUUAUCACAAUAUUUUUUAAACUGCCAGUUUUAAAGCAUCUGUACUAAAAACUAAAGAAAACAAUUUUCACUCAACGGUACAACAAAUGUAGAUUAAGUACUUAAUAAUACAGUGAAUUAGUUUACAGUCCUGAGUGUUUCUGCAGGUACGCAAGACCCAAAAUAAACAAAAUGCCCCCUCAUGGAUAAUGAAGACACCUUAAACUGUAAAAUUACAUGAUGUAAAAGUAGAUGAUACAAUUGAUUGCUGCUUUGGUCUGGUGACUCCACUGCUAGUUGUUGCUAAACUGCUAAUGCUACUUGUGCCGUCAGCAGUGACAGGCUGUGCAAACUCUGCUCACAUUUUUAUCCUUUCUGCAUAAUCAUUCAGGAAGUACUUCUUCAAAUGAUUAAACAGAAUCUGUUGUGUUGCCAGUUUUUGAGGGCACCGACCGCCGACCUACCUUGCACAUUGGCUUAAUUGCUUGACGUCACUUUGGAGAUACCUGAACCACAGCCACACAGCCAACGUUAAAUAACUUUGUUCUCAACAAUUUUGUCUUUGGAGGAUAACUUAAAGUCAUGGGUGACAUCUAUUUUGCUGCCCUUAGAUCCACGUUUAGAUCCACGUUUGGUCAUUCGGUUUACUUCCCCUGUUUACUUCCCCGGCAACUUACAUAAGGGAGCAGGAAAAGCUCGACUCUGAUUGGCUGUUGUCACGCACAUUUCUGCUAUGUUUGAUCGAGUAAAUAUGUUCACAGCUGAUCACUGUGAUCGAACUAAAAUUUAUCACGAUCAUUCCAUGAUCAUAUAAUUUCCCAGGCCUAACUUGUAGUCUAUUAUUAAUUGAUUGUUGUUGUUGUUGUUGUUGUUGUAUCUUUUGUCUAAAGCUCAGAUGAAGUUUUUUUGGAGUUCUUUGUGUGGAUUUUUCCCGUCCAUUUAUCACAGCCUGACAGAUCUACAGUGUACACUAUAUUCCCAUAGGCUUGCAGAGGUUUAUUUCUAGAGUUACACCUUUAUUUUUGUAGCAUCAGCAAGGUUAUAACAACACAUCCUUUAUGUGCAGACAUAUGCAUGUUUGUGUAAGAGUAUUGCUGAGGGAGCGGAUGUAAACAUCUGUGAGUCAAUAGGUAUACAGAGAUCUUUUUAUUUUCCUUCUUGUCACUUGCAGUGCCAACAACACAUGUAUGUAGUUUUAAUGUUAGUAUCGUGCUGCUUCAGGCUGUCUUAUAUCUUUGCCUUCUGUAAUGUUUAAGUGUGUGUAAUCAAAUCGACUGUGUGUGCAGGGUCAUUUGCCGUUCGCAGUUGUAGGUAGCACAGAGGAGGUCUCUGUCGGGAAUAAGAUGGUGAAGGCUCGUCAGUAUCCUUGGGGUGUCGUUCAAGGUAAGAUUUAUAUCCCUGUUUGAAUGUAUUUCUCCUUACAUAACAGUGCUUGUAUUACCUGUGCUCUCUCUUACUGUGAAUUAUAGGUUCACAUCAAACAAUGGAAAACUGCUCAGUGUGGGAGAUUUAGCUUUUAUACUAACUGUCACAUUUACACCUCAUAGAAAAUGAAAUGAAACCAAAAGAGCUCUGUACAUUUUCAAAUAGUCAUGUAGAAUUGGAUUUUAGUGCGAAGUGGAGAAAAUGUUUUCUUGGAAGAGGUAGUAUAAAAAGGUCUCGGAGAAAUGUGCCACAUUUACAGUGUUCACUCCUCCAUAUUUUUACUUCUUGCAGUUGAGAAUGAAAACCACUGCGACUUUGUCAAAUUAAGAGAGAUGCUGAUCUGUGUCAACAUGGAGGACCUGCGAGAGCAGACUCACACUCGCCAUUAUGAGCUCUACAGACGCUGCAAACUGGAGGAAAUGGGGUUCAAAGAUACAGACCCAGAGUGCAAACCCGUCAGGUGAGAAGCAAACCUAGAAACACCUGUAUGAUCAUCAACUGAGAUUACCUGUAUACAUCUGUUUUUGUGUUUGUGCAGCCUGCAGCAGACGUACGAGGCCAAGCGUCAGGAGUUCCUGGUGGAGCUGCAGAAGAGAGAGGAUGAGAUGAGGCAGAUGUUUGUGCAGAGGGUGAAGGAGAAAGAGGCCGAGCUGAAGGAGGCUGAAAGAGAGGUCUGAAUUACAUAUUCACCUAAAGAAGGAACUUGGUUAUUUUACUUUUUUAAUUGGUUUGUUGGCCCUACGGUUAGUUGAAUAAUCAAAACAUGUACCAAAAGGACUUUAAUCAUAAAAAUAGAUUUUCUUUUCUAGAGAAUGCAAGUUUUUUUAUUUUGGACAUUUAUUUAUUAAAGGGAUAUUCCGGCGUAAAUUUAAGUUAUGGUCAAACACACAGCAACACCGAGUUAGACACCCCCUUGAGAGAUGAAUGUUGCAGACUGCUUGCUUCUCUAGUUUUACCAACUUUAGUAACGACUGAACGAUAGCAAUACACAGCGAUCUACAUCUUCACACACAAAGCUCGACCAAAAAGCCACUCUGUAGUCACAAAUAAUGCUCAGAACAGCACCUAACUUCAUCAACAGUACAUGUAGGGUCCCAGCCAUAGUACUAACCACCAAACAUCUUUUUAGCUUUGCCUGAUUUCUUUAGCAAAGAGACUAAACACAACUCACCUACUCUUCUCCAGCAGCCGCUUGUUUGUGGGGGAGCCCUGACGAGUCAAUCACUGAGUGCAGUGGAGUUUCACAGCUCAAGGAAGAACAUUUAUGAUUAUUACUUUAUAGAAAUGGGAUCACAGUACUUAUGUCUCUUGUAUGUGCACUGAGGACAUGGUAGUUCUUCUGCCUUAGCGUCUCGGUCUGAUUGCAUUUCCAUGAAGUAAUAAUCGUAAACUUUCCACUCACUUAAAUUUAUAUCCCGAUAUAUCCCUUUAAAUAUUUCAAGACAGAGAUUAUUAAGAUAAUUAUAAAGAUAAUUGUUAAUGUCACCAAGUCAUUUGGUUUGCUCCCCGAAAGGCAGAUCAAUGAGGUUCUAGUACAGAAAGAAAACUGAUUCCCGUGUACAACUCAACUCUUUUCUGUGUGCUCCAGCUGCAAAGUCGUUUUGAGCAGCUGAAGCGUCUGCAUGCAGAUGAGAAAGCCGCUCUGGAAGAGAAGAAGAGACUCCUGGAUGAUGAUCAGAGUUCCUUCAGCAAGAGGCGAGCUGCUGCCCAGCUGCUGCAGGCUCAGAGCCUUACUGCCAAUGGCAAGAAGGACAAAGACCGCAAGAAGUAAGAGCAAACACUCAAAGACAGCUGAUUGACUAAAAAUAGAGUAAACAAGGUUGAAGAAGAAGCAUCAGUGUGAAUCUGGGUAUUUUGAAUUGAAGUGGAUGUUUGGUCAUUUAUGGACAAAGCUACUAGCUACCUGAAAAUUUGGAUUUUUAGAAAUGCUUUGAUGCUUUUUUUUUUCUUUUUUCAAAAUGAUUGAAUACAUCCUUUAAAUUCAUCCACAUUUACAGUGUAAUACCAAUGGUGGUGCUGAAAUACAUAGAAAGGCAGACUAGUUUAGUGACACCACUUUUAAUAGUUUUUCUUUAUCAUCUGGUCAUCUUCAUGUUUUUCGAGAAACUAAAUAUAGUACAGCAUGAAAAAGUUGUAAAUAAAACUUUUGAUCUAACUUUAGAUUUAAAACACUCCCCAAGUUAAAACCAGUGGGUCUGUACCUCACAGUUAUCCCUGGUACUGUAGGCUAGGAUUGUCAGACUGCAAACUCCAUAUAGUAAAAACCGAUGUUCCUGAGAAGAGCUCCACAGCUGGACAGAAACUGCACGUUAAAGUUGUGAUGUUGGCUGACAGUUUGUACCUGUUUUCUGUGAUGUACCCGUGCAGCUUCUUUUCCAAAAGUGACAGCUCCUGCUCUCCGUCUAACUCUGUUUUCAAACUGGAUGUUUUGAUGUGUUUAUUUUGAUACCGUGAUUUUUUUUAUGGAGACAUUGCUAUCUGACCCACUUUGAACUUAUUUUCUCUUCUUCCAGCUCUGGCUUCAUGUGAAGACUUUGGGAUCUGAAGUUAACUUCCACUUUGACCAGUAUAACCAGUUUCCUCCUGUACCCCAUGCCCUCAGUGGCCAGUUUCAAACACUAAUCAAAGGCACCCCACAUCCACCAGCAGAGUGUGUGUGGGUGAGAGUUUGACCAUUUGCCAAAGCUGAAUGAGUUCUGUGUACACUUUUUUUCAAUGGUAUUUUCUGUCUUUUUUAUGGCUUUUAUAUGUCUGUGUUAACUUUUAUAUUUAUCCUCUCAGUAUCAUGUAAUACUUACAUUUUCCACAUAUUUAACACCUCAUUGUACUGAUCCUCACACAGCCAUCUCAGCAGGUGCUGUACAAUGAACAAAGGGCUUGGAAAGGUACAAGAAGACUAUAUAAGGGACUUCUGUUACAUUUAAAGUCUUUCAUAGCUUCACUUCAUAUUUUAAACACUCUUCAUGCUUUCUUAUACAGUUUUUUAUGGUUUUAACAUCAGUGGUUUAUUUUAAAGUCCUUUUCAGACAUUAAUGUUAUAAUGAGGCUUAUAUAUGAGCCUAAUUCUUAAUGAAGAGAAAAGAGCACCUUCAGGCUUUACCAUGUUCAAAACGACUCCCUAUUUAUUCUCAUUCAUGUCAGCCACUCCAGCCAAGAGACUCAGACACAACAAACCACAACACGAUGGCUUGUUUUGUCCAACUGCAUUUUUGAUUAUUAGGUAACAACAAUAAGAGAGCAGAAUUUUUCAUUUGACAUGGUCAAUUCCACAGCAGGGGGUUAGAGUAGUGAGAGGCAGAGGCAAGCAGGUCAUUAAGAAACCUCUGAGAUAAACAAUCAACAAUUUAUCCCUUUUUUAUUUAUUCAGCGUCCAGCUGCUCUCCAGCACAGCUGCGGCUGCAAAGUGGAGAAAUUCAUUCGACAGAUCUGGAGGAAAUCCAGUGAUACUGCAGGAGCCAUGCCUGAAAAGAGGCUUCAUCAAAGAUGUGUGAAAACUGAUUUAGUGUAUUCAUCAUAAAGAGUUGUCAUGAGCAUUAAGGAUGCUCUCAGGGUAUUUUGAUAUCUGACCUCUGUGCUCCUGAAUAAUUUCCCUCACACCUCUGAUGCUUCUGUGAUAAGCGCACCAGCAUUACAGAAACCAGGAGCCACUGUUCGACCUCUGAUUUUUUUUCUAAAGGGAAACCAUUUACCAUGAGGGGGAGAAGGUACAUGUUACAGUAUAUAUUUAUAUCUAGAUAUUUACUUGUUCUGUAUUUUUGACAAUAACAGUUCAACCUUUAUAAGAUGCAUUUUGUCUGAAAAAGAUCAGGCGAUACAUUCCUCUACUGUCUGUGUUUGUUGUAGUAGAGGAGGAAGAGGGCAUGGCUUGAAGAGAUGGGGUUUCACACCUCCAAGCCUUUUACUGAACAGGACAGAGUCUAGACUAGAACCCUGAACUGCUGCUUUCCACUUCGAUUUGAUUAACAUACUCACCAACACUGCCACUUUUUACACUUGGAGUAGUGCUCAUCAAGUUAGUGCCUUAUCUGUGUGAAGCUUCAUUAAAGACACACUCUCCAUCAAACACUCACUUCCAGGGAAACACAUCGAUGCCUAAUAGAACUGUAGGAGAUAUACUUUAGUGCCACACUUAUAUUUAAGGACUGAACAGUGUUAUUUGGGAGCUUUUCCAUUCUUUUGAAAUAAACCUUUGUAUUUUUGUCACAAUUAACUUUGCCUCUCUGUUUGUUUUCAUCCUCUUUCUAACAUGGCAUCACAUGGUUGUUUCCAAACUGCCUUUCUCUUUAAAGGCCAGUUCUCACAGCGACACAAUGAUCUAAUCUCUUUCAAGUAUUCCUCAGAGUGCUUUGUAACACUGCGUAGCUGCUAAGCUACCAUAGGGAGUGAAGAGGUGACUUUGAAAAUACAAUCUGUACCUUCAACAGAAAAAUAGUUUCAUCAGUUUCAUCAAAUUCAAAACAGUAGGUACACUUAUCAUCCAGUCUUUUCUUUUUUGUUGAUUAAACAGUAAUAAGACAAGGAUUUACCAAAUGACCUGUAGUUUAAAUCAACUAUGAAGAAGCCCGUAAUGAAGAAAUACUGAUAGUGCUGAGGUUCAGUAUUUGAGAAGAUGCCUUUAGUUAUCGCUCUGUGUUGUAAAACGUAUGAAAUAUGAAAUACCUAUCCAACCAAAUGUGUAGUCUGUAUUGAUGUAUGAUAUGUGGAUCUACUGUGUUAAACAUGAAAACAAAUGCAAAGAGAAAAUAAAGUCCACUGCUAACCUAAAUACCUAAAAA